AUGACGACCCCACUGUCCAAAUCGUACAUCUGCGCAAGAUGUCUGUCGAAGCGACAUCUAAGUCGCCGUACGUUCGCGACCGCUGCGUCGACUGAGACGACCUCUGCCAUUUCCACAUCACAGCUACCACCAGCACCACCAUCCUCCGGCGCAUCGAGAUUAUCAAAUCGCAGAGUCAUCACAUUACACGGGGUCGACGCCGCCAAAUUUCUCCAGGGACUCAUCACGAAUGAUGUCCUUAAGGAGUCGCGCAAUGGCUAUUUCGCGGCAUUUCUCAACGCUCAGGGUAAAGUCCUGAAUGACGCCUUCAUCUACCCUAUCGCAGACCGCCAGAGCAUUCCCGAAGGUUUACAGACCGCAGAAGAUGAGCCUGCAUUCCUGAUCGACGUGGACGCGACGACCACGGAGCAAUUAUUACAAGUCUUGAAACGGCAUAAGUUACGGUCGAAGCUGAAGUUUCGUGCAUUGGAUGAUGGCGAGCUAGAUGUAUGGAGCAUAUGGCGGGAAGAGGAUAGGUGGACAGCACAUGGACAACAGACGAAUCUUAAAUCACUCGGCGUCUCGCUACAGGACAUGCGUGCACCAGGAAUGGGACAGCGUCUCCUGUUGCCACGCGGCGUAGAAGCGAAAGACACGGCGAUCGGGUCGACCGAGCAAGUGCCACUGUCAGUCUACACUCUCCGACGGUACCUUCGAGGGGUCGCGGAAGGCGAAGACGAGAUUCCACGCGGAGAAAGUCUGCCGAUGAACCACAACCUCGAUCUCACGGGAGCCAUCGACUUCAAGAAAGGCUGCUACAGCGGACAGGAGCUGACGAUCCGCACCCACCACACCGGUGUGGUCCGGAGGAGGAUUCUCCCCAUCGCCUUGUAUGACACAGACGGCGUCGUGCCCGACCACCUCGAAUACGAGCCGGCCUCCACACUCCCCGGAGCUGCCCUCCGUGGAAACGACAUCCGACGAGACGACGAGCGGAAGCGGGCCACGGGGAGCGUGAUCGCCGCCAUCGGCAACGUCGGAUUGGGCAUGUGUCGGCUGGAGCAGAUGAGCGAUCUGGUGGUCUCGGGGGAAGGCGCUCCGUUCGACCCCGCGAGCUCGUUCUUCGUCGAGGGCGGCGACGGGGAGCGAUACGGCGUGAAAGCAUUCGUGCCGGAAUGGAUGAAGGGCAAGAUCCGGGCCCCCAAGCUACAGCGCCGGGUGGAGUAA